GUCAAUUCGAAACCCAGCGAGGGAAAACAAACCCAGACCCCAGCAACCGUCACCUGAAUGCCAUGCCUGUCUAUGUGCUGUCGGAAGGGGCGGGGCCAGGCACUCGUAUGCCAGCACACCUGACCAGGAUUUCCAUCCCACUAAUCACCACCAGAAUGGACUGUGUCAACAAAUCAGUCAAGGGAAAAGUUAUUUGUAAAGGCCCACUGAUGUCGUUGGCAGCCAAUGACUUCACCUUGAAGAGUGUCAUCCAAGAAGAAGAGUCUGAUGUCUUGUCUCAAAACAUGUCCAUCAACAUUGUUCUGUUUGGAGCGCUGGCCGAGGAAUUCAAUCAAACUGUCAGUCAAGGGGAUGUGUUGGUGGCCUCUGGUUUCACUGUGGCUGAAUCUUCCACCUUUCAGGAUGACAAGAUGCAUCCGUGUAACCUGCUGCUGUCGGGACACAAUGCCUGUCUAUAUGUGUCCCGCCUGCUCCCUCCAUCUGACCCCAUAUCCCCGGUGGCCAACAAGAGGAGCACGAUUCUCUCCACGGAGGUACCCAGGAGGCCCAAGGUUCUCAAAUAUACAUACGUGCGACUGGACGACCUGAAGCCUAAAACUGUAGUCAACGUGUACGGAGUGGUGGUUUUCUUCAAACCGCCAUUCAAGAGCCGAGGAUCAGACUUCUGCUCCAGCCUGAAGAUCACUGAUCAGUCAAACCAGAAGAUUGGCUGCACAAUCUUCUGUGACAAGAUCGAUGACCAUCCACAAGUCUUUCAAGUUGGAGACAUCAUCCGCAUGCACAGAGUCAAGGCUCAGCUCUUCAACAAUACCAUAACACUGCUCAACACCCAUGGGUUCUCCGUGGUGACAUUUGAUGGAGCAGUGGCCAGCGCUGUGGAGCCACGAACCUCCAGCCGCUCCUUCCACUUUGACCAGGAGGACAGACGAAUUGUGGGGGAGCUGCGGUCCUGGGCAGCCAGCCAGAAUCUCAUCCCCUCGGUUCCUGCAAUCCCACUGGCUGGUGUUCAGCCCAAUUCGUACUUCGACCUCACCUGCCAACUGAUCGCCAAAGCCUCUAUUGAUACCACUUGCACCCUACUGAGGGUUUGGGAUGGAACCAAGUGUCCUCGCGCUCUGCUGAAGGUGAUAGUUGAGCCAAAUGUCACAGAGGGACCUUCCUCCUUCUCCAAGGAGAAGGAAAACCUCAUCGCCAAUGUCCUCGUCUACGACAACCAUGUGGAGUUUGCCAGGGAGUUAAAGCCUGGAGACUUUCUGAGAAUCUACAACUUGCGAGCGAUUCCGGGUUCCAGUAAAGUACCUGGCCUCACCAGCAGCCAGUCAGUAGAGGUGGAUCACCUGGCCUUUCACCUUCACGGUGGGACGACAUAUGGCAGGGGGAUCCGGGUUCUUCCAGAAAACAGCCCGGACGUGCAGGAGCUGAAGAGAUCCCUUGAGAUGUUCGCAGAGGACGCACUGAGCGACUCAGAGCUGUUGGAGGUCUGGAGCACACCACCAGAGUAUCUGGAUGAGGACACAGCGGAUACCGGCACAGAGAGGAGCUGCGAUCACGACAUUCGCCCUGUGAAGCUGUCCGAGGUAAAGCGAUGCAACCCAGGUCAGAUUCACCACGUCAGAGUCCAGCUGAGAUCCUACAAGCCUCGAAGACUCCACCAGGUUCUGAAACUCUACUGUAGCAAGUGUUCAUCCCUGCUGGACGUCCCCGAUGAUGAACUGGUUGCAGGUCUGUUUUCUGAGGCAUGCAGGGACUCGGGCUCCUGUGCUCCUCCACCGUGGUUGUUCUCUGGGCGUGUGAAUGUCCCCAGAGAUUCUUCAGGGUCCCCAAACCGAGCUUUGAGCAUUCACCUGUCCACCCAGCUCAUGAGUGAGGGGAAAACCAAAGAGCUUGUCUUCCUCAUGGGUUCAACGCUGGAGGAAACGCGUCGCCUGGCGGCUGGUUACCAGAACAUCGUCCCUGUGAGAUCGUCAGACAGCCACCUGGCUCUGCUUGACCUGUCUGCACCGUUCCUCUUCAGGGGCAGGAAGCGAUACUACGGGUGUAAGCAGUGUUCUGAGGCGGCAGUGAGGGAGCCGCGCACUGACGGAGCGGAGGUGAUCGAUGAGAAGGUCAUUGCAGAAGCUCUUGGUGUCCAGCUGCUGCAGUUCAUCCUGCUGAUGAAGCUCGAGCUGCAGGACGCCACAGGCACGCUGGACGUCUUUCUGUGGAGAGACGCUGAGCUGUUCUUCGGCGUGUCAGCUGAGGAUGCGGCAGUCGAUCAGGAGGCUCAGAGACGCAUCCAACAAACUAUGGAUGCCCUCUGUCCACCAGGAGGCAACGCAGGGAAGCGUCCAUGGCUCAACGUGUGUCUGACUGCGUAUCUUGGAGAGGACGAUGAUGGACUGAACCAAACCUGCUACCAGAUCUGCCACACCACCGCCACCAGAGCCUCCUCCACCCAGUCUGAGCCUGUCUGAAGCAACUGAUGCCACUGUGGUAAACCAGUGUCCUGUAUAGGAAACUGUCUCUACCUUUGUGUGUGUGCGUGUGUGUGUGUGCGCGCUUAUUUAUUGUGUAAGACAAAAUAACUGUGAAUAAAUUAAUA